CUGUAUCAUUACCUAGGGGGUUAAAAUUUAAAAACCAUAAAGAAAAAUGCCCAAGUCAAAACUCACAAGACCAAAUUUCCAUCCUACUCCCCACAUAAAAACAAGUAAAAUUUGAACUAAAUAAUACUAAAAUAUAUGUUAUUUCUUAAUGUAGUACUUAAACUUUUUUAAUUAUCUAAAUAGUACUUAAAUAAUAUCUAGUAGCAGGAAUAAUAAUGUUCAGACAGUUCAGUGAUGGUUGAAACAACAACAACAACCCAGUUAAAUUCCACAAAACCUCAUAGGGCUUUGGAAUCUCAGAAAAGUGAGAAGAGAAUGAGGGAAGAAGAUACAAAGAGGACCAUAGAAUGCCUGAGAGGGAGAUUAGUAGCAGAAAGAGCUGCUUCAAGAGAUGCUAAAGAAGCAGCUCACCUGAUGGGAAACAAGUUAAUGGAGCUGGAGGCAAUGUUGAAAGAGGAGACUGAAUUGAGAAACCGAGCCGAAAAGCGAUUUAAACAUGUGAUGAAGAAGCUUGAGUCCAUCAACAUUUCAUUCACAUUGCAUGAAUCAGAGAGCUGGAGUUUGACAGAGGGCAGUGAAGAUUCAUCUGCUUCUUCAUACACAGCCUGUUCUACCUCCAAAGACUUGAAACAUACGAUGCUCGAAACCCAACAGGCCAUGAGUUCUUCAUCUUCUUCUGUUGGUGAUUCUCAAGAAACAAUGGGAAAUGGUAAAACAGAACAAAAUGGCAAUAGCAUGGGAAAACUGUUAGAAGAGCAGGCUGCAGGCAGUGAAGAGAAAGCCGAUAACUCAUUGGCAUUUCUAGCACCAGUUUUUUCUAGCCAAACCAUCGAUCCCGCAGUUGUUCUUCACGCAAAUAACCUAAGAGAUGUUCUUGAUUCUCUAAGGCAUGCCAGAGAGAAACUUCAAAAUCAGAUGGAGAGAAGACACUUGAUUAGAGUCACACAUCUGCCAAAAAAGGUCAUAUCUCAUGGUUUGUCUUUACACUGUGGCAUUAUAAGAGGUUAGAGGGCAGUUUGGACAUUGGUUUUUAUGCUGGUCUACUUGUUUAGCCUCUUUUGUUCAUCAUCAUCAUAAUGAUAGUAAUAAUAAACUUUGGCCUCUUCU